UUUGAACAGGUCCUGACUUUCAGUGGCGUCAUUUCAGCUCAUCAAGACAGGACGGUCGAAGCAGCUUGUGCAUGCUCACCAAAGUUUCACAUUUGUCACGAGCCAAUUUCCUUCGCAGUGUCACCAGAGGCCCUAACACCUAAUCAGUGGGACUGGAGUCUUUUGGCCUCCUUUGGCAGACAGAUCGCCGAGCUAAAGAUCACUACCGGCCUGUGGGAGGACAAAGAAAGACGGACAUGCAGCAAAAUCGCAGUCGAUUCAUCCAUGGCCGGUUGCCCUAGCGAUAGUUGGCCUUUUGCAUUGUACAUAUUCGUCGCUGUCAGGCUUCUCUUGACUCCCUACGGAGCAAAAAUGUUUUUCUCUCUUCUCGUAUUCGGGCUGCUUGGAAAAAUAACUUACUGGCACUCGUGGCAGUCUGGCGUAGUGGUUAAUGUGUCGAGAUUAUACGCUGCACAUCACAAGCUGAGUUCGAGUCCUGCUGGAGUUGCUAUGGAGAAGGGUUCAGGCCAGGUCGAAAUGGCAGUCCACUCUAGCUGUGAUGUGAAAUGCAAUGGAAAAGUAGGGUAUACUCAUAUGAUUGUGGAAAAAUGUAGCCACCAAUUGUUGCCAGUUGCUAAGGCUGUGGUCUCGCCUGGAUACCGACUAAACGUCUGUCAAUGUGUACGGCCAACGGUACGACUCAUGAGCUUCCUGCACCCCUUCAACGUCGAUUUUGCAAAAUCCGAAAUAAAUCCCGCCUUGAAGACCAAAUCUGGUGUGCGAAAUGUCCGCUCGAAUUAUCUUUCCGUGUCUCCUGUCGGCUCUGGCGUCACUUUCAGCAGUGCCGGCAGAGACAAUGGCUCGUCCUCACAGAACUGCACUGAGAACCACUCGAGUAUGCUAAAUGAGCCAGUUGACUCUUCUGGCCUGACACCAUCUGAAUCACCAGCGACUCUUAUUCGCAAAAGUAAAAUCGGUAGUGCUUUGAUUUCUUGA